AUGCAGGAAGAGGAGUGAUUAAGGGAGAAGAAGGAGGUGAGAAAUGGAGAGGUGAGGGACAAAAAGAUAAAGGAGGAGGAGGAAAGAUUGUGGAGGAGGAGGGAGAAGGUUGAUGAAAAAGAAGAAGAAGAAGAAGAAGAAGAAGAAGAAGAAGAAGAAGAAGAAGAAGAAGAAGAAGAAGAAGAAGAAGAGGAGGAGGAGGAGGAGGAGGAGGAGGAGGAGGAGGAGGAGGAGGAGGAGGAGGAGGAGGAGGAGGAGGAGGAGGGAGGAGGAGAAUGAGAAGAAGAAGUAGCAGAAAAGAAGAAGAGGAAAGAAGAAGAAGAAGAAGAAGAAGAAGAAGAAGAAGAAGAAGAAGAAGAAGAAGAAGAAGAAGAAGAAGAAGAAGAAGGGGAGGAGGAAGAAGAGGAAGAGGAGUAGGAAGAAGAAGAAGAAGAAGAGGAAGAAGAAGAAGAAGAAGAAGAAGAAGAAGAAGAAGAAGAAGAAGAAGAAGAAGAAGAAGAAGAAGAAGAAAAGACAGGUGAAGAGCAGAGGAAAAGGGGAAGAUGCAGGAUUGAGGGUUGA